AUGUCCGUCGGCAUUUCCAUGCCGUCAGCUACUUCUAUUGCCCAGUCUGUCAAGAAGAAGCUGCCUGUUAUCGAGUACCAGAGCUUCCUCAGGAGAAAAAGAAAAUCAACGAUGGCUGGGUCUGCCCCGGAUUGUUCCAUUUGCCUUCAGUUCAUAGAGCCUAAGGAUCACGUUCGGGAGCUUGGAAAUUGUUGCCAUGAAUUCCACGUGGCUUGCAUUGACCGGUGGUUGGACCUUGGCCGGUUUUGUUGUCCGCUCUGCAGAGCAGCGGUGGUUCCGCCCGAGAUCUUCCUAAGAGAACGGCUUUCGAUUUUGAAGGUUCUUCUAUUUGGAAAUGACUUGGUGGCUAGAAGUUGUGAAUACUUCAACAGUGAAUAA